AUGAUCAGUUUUCAACUAUUUCUUCUUACAACAUUGAUGGUUAAUGUAUGGAGCAAUCUCAACAGUCCUGUCAGUUUCAAAUAUUCGAAGAGCGGUUUCUUAAAAUUAAAUAUUGUGCUGAAAAAUGUACCUCCCGAUAUCUCACAGUAUCUGCUUCAUGCGAAAACAGACCGACACUCACUGAACAUAUCAAGAAUAUACCCUAAAGACGGAAUGUACACAAUACAAUGUAAACUGAAUGUCAACUAUGUAGCGGUUGAUUUGGAGAUCAAAAACAAUAAAGCGUCAUGCGCUAAACUUAAUAUCCUAAACGGCACAAGGAGUACGGGCGUGGAUGGAUUCGAGCAACAGUGUCUGAUGAAUUAUGGUGAAAAGGAUUGUUCCAUAGAAGUAGAUUUCAAGAACACAUGUACAGAUUCGCGUUUGGAAUGUAAUAUAAAAGAGAAGACAUUAAUCUGUUUCUCUGGUAACAUUGAGCGCUCCGAGGUGACAUGGUCUCAGCAUUAUAUAGAGUAUAAAGAUCGUCAUUUUGGACUUCCCACUAAAGUGAACGGGACAAGUUAUAUGAAAAUGAAAAUUUACAAAUUCGAUAACAACUCUGAAGUCUCGAUUAAAUCACCAUUUUCAAUGAAGUAUUACACCGUGUCAAUACCGGUGGAUGAAGCUGAGGAUUACGAGCUUGAGACAUUGUAUAUUGAUAAGAAAAUUAUUACCUACACAUUUACCUGUAGAGAUGAUAACAGCAAAGUCGGCGUUUUGUAUGACAACGGUUCAAAGUUGACGAUUUACGCAAAUAACAUUGUAAGUUGGAGUAGGCAGAGUGAACCACUCAACAGAUAUGCUUGUUGUGUCCAGUUAAAAAUUUAUAAUAAGGACGACGGAUUGGGCAUAGAAAGAAUAGUCAAUCAAUUUACACAUAUACGUGACAAACCCACGCAAGAAAUGAUUUCAGUAAAACCAAUGUGCACAAUGGAAGCAGGCUAUACUUUGCACUGUAAGUGCAUGGAAACUCAAAAUAUUCAUUCAUUACACAACUACAAAUGGUCACAAUUUACUGCUAAAAACGACGAAAUUGGUACAAAAUAUCAGAAAAUAUGGUCGUUUCAAACGAAAUCAUCGAUUCUGAAGAUGCUUAUUUAUAAAUUUGAUAAUAAUACAAUAAUAAUAUGCGAAGAAAAUUCACAGGAGAUCACGAAACACACUAAUAAUAAUAACAACCCAAUUCCUAAGACAUUUACGAUAAGAAUACCAGGGGGUAAAACUGAAUCAGUACAAUACAAUACGUUAAGAGCUGAGGGGAUAAGUGAAGUUAUAUCCUUCUCCAAAUCUGAAGAGAUCAAGGUCAACUGCUCAACGAACGCAUAUGUGGGUUUAAUCUACCACAAGGAAGAAAUAAUUGAGCGACAAAAUUCGACAUCUUUUUAUAUCAAGAACCAUUCUGAUAUAUCCUACAGAGCUUGCUGUAUUUACUUCGAAAGUGCCGGCGCUUAUUUGAUAAGGGAAAUCAAAAAUAUUUCGCUACUUGUAAAUAUCCAAACAAGCGAUCCAGUUACUCCGAUCACGACAACAUCGCCUGUGGAACCAGUGUCCGAUAAUCAGGACGAAGUAGAGAGUACUACAAGCAAUCUAGGACUUUAUAUAGUCCUACCGACAUUACUAAUUGUCAUCAUUCUACUUCUAAUAAUUGCUUUACGUUUCAAAAAACGACGGAAUCCUCGAGAAUCGCAGCAAAUGCUUCAAUUAGAGACUUAUGGCACCACUGAAAAGGUCCUGUAUGCAGAAUUGGCACUAAAACCAAGGAAUGAUCAUCGAGUACCAGUUCAAACCAAUGAAUCGCCAUAUGCUGAAAUAGUUGGAGUACUGAAUGAACACCGGGGUAAACCACCGCAACUAAAUAGGUCAAGAGCGGAGUCGCGGAGAACCUAA